AUGAGAGGCUGCGCAUCCAGCUGUUUCACACGGCGAUUCAAAAUCAAAAUACAAGAAAAUGUAGGGUUUUGCGGGACUUAAAUUCACGUUCCUCGUAUGCUAUGGUUGGGGUCGGUUACAUCGAAAGAUCAGAUGGAACUCCUUUUCCUGUCUCUCCUCUUCACUCUCAUCAGCUGUCACCCUGAGCACCAGCAGUGUGCUAACAUCACCCAUCACCAUGACUACUGCGUUCUGGGCGCGGGCCCUGCAGGUCUGCAGAUGGGCCACUUUCUGGAGAAGAAUGGACGAGACUACAUCAUCUUGGAGAGGAACAGUGGACCCGGUAGCUUUUUCAACGUGUACCCAAGACACAGGAAACUCAUCAGCAUCAACAAGAUCUACACCGGGAGGAGGAACCGAGAGUUCAACCUGCGUCACGAUUGGAACUCCCUGCUGAGUGACAGGCCGGACUUGCUGUUUCAGCGAAUCAGCCGGCAGCUCUACCCAGAGGCCGACGACUUCCCCCGGUACCUGUCCAUGUAUGUGAAGGAGCUGGGCCUGAGGGUGCGCUAUGGAGUGGACAUUGGGAAGAUACAGGCCACCAACCUGAACAACAAAAGAGGAUACAUCCUCACCGAUCAGCAUGGGUCCAUCUUCACCUGCAGUGUUCUGCUGCUGGCCUCGGGUUUGUGGGUGCCACAGCAGGUAGACUUUGUGGGUUCUGACUUGGUGGAGGGUUAUGAGUCCAUUCCUGUGGAUCCAGAGGAGUUCAGGGACCAGGCAGUUCUGAUUCUGGGCAAGGGCAACUCAGCCUUCGAGACGGCACAGAGCAUCAUGGGCAGAGCCAGUCGCGUGCACAUGUACAGCCCGAACCCAGUCAGGCUGGCCUGGCAGACCCAUUAUGUUGGAGACCUCAGGGCUGUGAAUAACGAGCUGCUGGAUACGUACCAGCUCAAGUCUCUGGAUGGCCUGGUGGAGGGAAGCCUGGAAGACAUCGCCAUUGUACGCAGAGAAGAAGGAAGACGGAAAGAAAAAAGGAAAGGACAGAAAGACAGGAGAAAGAAGACGAAAGGAGGAGCGGAGAGAGGACAGCAGCUGUAUCUGACGCUGACCGAGUUGCUGGACGUCAGCUCCAGGAACCGCAGUGCCAAAGUGAGAGCGGAGAACCUGCCUGGGCACUUCAACGACAACUUCUCCCUAAGACAGCCGUACGAUCGCGUCAUCCGCUGCCUGGGCUUUCGCUUCAACUUCUCCAUCUUUGAUGGGUCUGCGCGGCCUCUGAAGAGUAAAGGUGCCAGAGGGCGUUUGCCAGGAGUCACGGCGUGGUACGAGGGCCAGGGGAAUCCAAACAUGUUUGUGCUGGGCACAGCCGCUCACUCCCGCGACUACCGCUCCUCUGCCGGAGGAUUCGUACAUGGCUUCCGCUACACAGUCCGAGCAGUCCACAGAGUUCUAGAGCAUCGUCACCAUGGCAAUGCUUGGCCUUCCACCAGGCUCCCAGCCAAUCAGUUGCUCUCUCGGCUGCUAAAAAGGGUUAACGAAGCAUCUGGGCCAUACCAAAUGUUUGGAAUUCUGGGGGAUGUUGUUUUACUUCAUGGCUCCUACUGCGAGUAUCUGGAGGAGUUUCCUGUCCAGGCCUUGCCUGAGUUCCCUGCUCUCUCGGGCCAUGCUGUCCCAGCUAAGGGGCUCCUGGUUCUGGUGAUGCAGUACGGUCUGAACCGCACAGACUCUCUGGGGCUCGGACGGGCCCAGUCUGAAUGGACUCGCGCCUGGCGGUCCAGCUUUCUACACCCGGUCCUCUAUUACUAUGACACGCUUCCUGCAGAGGAGCAGAUGCGUCUGCGUCCUGCUGGUUGGCCACUGCCUCGGCCCAGUGCUGUUCACCACAUGAUUGAGGACUUCCUGACCGAGUGGGACCAGCCCGUCUCCCACAGCCAGCCCCUACGCCGCUUCCUAGAGCACUGCUUCCAGAGCGACCUCCGCGCCUUUUAUGCAGAAUCAUGUUUCCAAUUCUCUCUGACUCGUCAGAAGCCCCCGCUCUUCUGUCGCCAGGGUUACCUCAAAAGGCAAGGGAUUGUGGGUAAUGGUCAGUUAUUGCAGCGUGCUGAUGAUGCUGGACUCAUACCUGAGCUCCAGGACCCUGAGGCCUAUGAAGAAGAGAAUACACAGCUGCCACAACGCUACUUGGCACAUACCGGAGUUGGUGUGAGAUCAACCAUGAACCUUGACCUCGAUGGGCUUUGAUUGACUGACUGUUUGAUUGUCCAAAUAGGACCAAAGAUCUGUAACAAUGUGGACCUCCUCUACCUCCCGAAUUCCUAUUCUUAAAAGAGACGUUUACACACUAAAUUCACAUUUUGCUUUGAUUGCAUGUGUGUGUAUAUUAUAGGCUGACUACUUUUUGAUAUAAAGCAACAGUACACAAUAUUGUUGAUAAGUGCCAAAUAUGAAUGUCAAAAUAUGUAAAGUGGAAGUAUUUUUGUAUUUAUACAUUUGCUUUAUGAUUCCAUUUUUCAUGUAACGCUGCUGGGACAUAAUGUAAAUUAUAACUCAUUUGUGAAUUUUAUUGUUACUCUGUUCCAGUGUUAUGUCACUAAAGGCCUAUUCAUUUCACAAACAUAAAGGGAACAUACUCAAUGCAGAAUGUUCAGGUGGAAAAUAUAUUCAAUGCUUUUUUACAGAAUCCGUCUCUCUUUUUUUUACUCAGAUUAUUUACUGUCUUAAAAUGUAAUAGGCUCUAGAUAGACUACAAACUAGGCCAAUAUUUUAGACAAUAUUUGUUUACACACCCUGAUCAUUUAUUGAUUUUAAAAAAUCUGUUAUAUGGAAUUAUGAAACAGACUCAUGAUGAUUCUACUGCUGUCCACUCCACUCCAGGGGUAAUGUACUAUCUAGUUUAAGCAAUGUUGCUUUCACCUUUUAAUGUCAAUUACCUAACCCAGAUAGGCCUUUAGCCUGAAUAAUGAGUCUGACCCAUGGAAGAUGCAACACCUGUAUACAUUUAGCCUACACCGGAUGGGGGCAGGUGACUCUGUGCGGGCCCGCGUGUUCAGCAAGCAUAAACACUGUUCACAUCACUGUAGCCUACUGUUGUGGCAUUGCGCAGUGUCCUGACAAUGUGGUGGUGUGGAUUUUAUACAAAUAAAUAAAAGAAUAAUUGUUGUUUCACUAAGUGGUCAGAUGUAAGACCUGCCCCACCCCCU